CUACUAUUCAACAAUCCCCUAUUUACUGUCAUUUCUUUGCCUCUUGGAGUGCUGGACCAUCGAAAGCUUAGCAAAAUAAGUCCAAGGAUAACACUAUCACUUCAAAGUUGUCCUCGAAAUACAGUCAUCCGUACGCCAGCUACAUUUCUUGGGUACCCUUUUUUCAGACCUUCAGCUUAUCAUCUUACGAUAACAUCGCAACAUAGACCGAACCUCCUUCAGAUACCGUGGUCUGUCCUCAGCGAACCAGAGUGUCACUUGAUUCGUCACAAUGUCGGCACGAAGCCUCAUACCGGAAACAAAGAAGCAGUUAAUGGAGAAGCGCAAGACCGAUUUUCUGGUACAUGUUGAAAUCAUCAGAUACAUGCUCUCCAGCCUCCAGGAUUACUUCGGCUCAAAACAUUGGACUCCAAAGCUUUGUCUGAGAUGGUGUCGUCAACACCUCAAGACUCUAACCGAAUUCAAUCUCCUACUUUGUGACGGGUACCGAUGGCACUGGCGAUGCCUUGAGGUAUUUGUCACUUCCGACCUGGUGUCUCGUAUCCUAGAGCUGGAACCGAGCAAAAUCGACACAUAUGAUGCUGCAUCAUCUUUCCGUCUCCCCAGCCAAGAAGAUGAGGAAAGGCCGAGUCGCCAAUUCAUAUUGCAAGAAUUUCGAAACAUACUCGCCGCUGACGAUGCCGAUGGCGAGGGAGCUUCGACGUACCCGACGUCGCUUAUCCGGACCAAAACCCUUGCCUAUUACCUGUCGCUGAGCCCUGGAGACCCUGGCUACGAACUCGGUAAUGCAAAGUCUCGACUUGAUCUCUCGUACGCUCUUACGGAAGCCCUCGGCUUAUUUUAUAAGACGAGCAUGAUGCCAAGGCCGUGGACAGAAGACACCAUUGAAUUCAUGGUCUGCAAGAAAUAUGAAAACGGCCAUGAAUCUGUGUCCAUAGUCACCCGCAUGCCUAUGAUAUCUGUUCCAGAUGCCACGGAAGACGAUAUAUCGAUCCUGACCUCUCUUUUAAAGGCGCAGUCCCUGGAGAGCCCAAAAGUUCCCGAUAUCCCAGCGCCUAAAUUUCCGGAGAUCAAAGCGCUCGGGCUCUCUGUCACUCCCUGGAUACCGGCAUUCUCGAACACCUCUCUGGAGAACUGCAGCCCAUAUGCAAAGUCGUGGAAAGAUGCUUCAACGAUGAGGUAUUUGAGGGGCGCGAGGGCGUAG